CAAACGGACCUAAGUUUAAUUCAGUUCUAUAGCGGUCAAUCAUGUGUGCUUGUCUGCUGGCUUUUCCUCUUCCUUCUGCACUUUAUCAUAUUGAUGGACAAUUAUGAUGCGGCUAUGUUGUCGUUUCAAUCCAGGGAGACCAUGUUGUUCAACUUUUUCUGUGAUGUAAGCAACAUUGGAAUUGUAUUACGGGAAGAACUAAUUAGCGAAUUUUUGCGCUUGAAGCAAUUGAGACUCUAUAGCAAGAAUGCUUGUCAAGCCUUUUAGUGAUUGGCUCAUUUUCUCUCAUAAACCUAGGGAACCAAACAUUUCUGAGCUCUCUCUUAUCAAGGACAAGUAUCUUUUGCGCUAUAAUGAUUAUCAGCUUGCGAAAGAUCAUUUUCACACUCUUGCGAAGGAUAACGAAUUCAAGAAUCUCUGCUUCUCUCUCUACGAUUGGUACAAAAGUGGUAAACAAAGCUCGUACAAGUUUUUAAUAAGAUGUAUGACAGAUCUAAAACCUUUGUGGCUUCAUCAGAGCGUUGCUAAGACUGAAUGUGGUGUUUUGAAGGGCCACGCUAAUGCUAUUGAAGAAGGAUUGGUGGUGGUUGACGGUGAUGGAGUGAUCCUAUGCCUGAUGUCUCUAGCUAUAUCCUCUCUCAGGUCAUCCUCUUCUUGGAGAGGAAACGCCAUUUCCAGGAGGCCGUCGACACAGGUGCCACCACUGCGAGGGCUGGUCCGCCGCCUUUUUCAACCGGAACAGCCACAUUCUAUUCAAUUUGCAACAGGAUACGCAAGAUCUUCAGAUCCCAAACUUGCUGGAAUCAAUAAGAGAGGUGCAAAAGCGUAAGGAUGGUGGCCACCUCAAUGACAAUUUGUCGAGUGAAAUAUUUCACUAUUUCUGUGGUAUGGCUAGCAAAAACAAACGUGGCAGAGCCAUUCUGGAGGAAUUGAAUAACAUCAAGUUAUUUAAAGGCUUGGAUAAGGUUUCUUGUUAAAACUUUGGAAUAUGAUUCAUUCAGAUUGGGGAUUUGGAUAGGGACCAUCAUAAUAAAUUCAAGACUCUCAUGAAGUCCCCUGACUUCAGUCAAGUCUACCUUUCUCUAUAUUGGGGCGACGAACGUCUACAGUUUGCUUAUGUCUCCCUAAGAAGCCGAGACGAAAAGGUCUUGAAGAUAGAUAAGAGUGUUGUCGUUGAUGAAUAUGUGUUUUUAAGACGUUGUGUUAGGUGUAGUGGUUAGUGGACUGAGAUCCCUGUGAACAUUGAUAGCUCUAUACUCUCAUUGAUCAUUUACUUCUGUUAUAAGGUAUGGGAUUUCCAUAAGAUAUAUGGUUCCCGCUGGAUCAAGGAGGGACUUGUAGUUGUGGAUCAUUUCAGAGGUUGGAUCACAGAAUUCCUCAAGAAUAACAUAGACAUGCUCUCCGAAUUGUACGAGGCUGCUGACUUUCUUGAAACCCCAAGCCUGUUGCUACUUAUAUUACAACUGAGGAGGUGACAGAUCUGGUGAUGAGGUUCCUUGACAAGGCAUCGGUGUUGAUUGGGAAACUAUCAUUUUUACGAAUGCUUUCAUCCCUUUUCAUUAAAUUCAUAAAGUAAGGUUGGCCAUUAAAUAGGAAAUUCGUUUGCUGUUGUUAAUCAAAGGACUACUUGAUUUGCUCGUUCACCAUUUUUAUGUUUACUUUCUUGGUGAACUUCAGUUUGUUUUCUAUUUAAAGGUUUGUAGCAGCAAUUGAUGA